AUGUGCCAGUACAUCGGCAUCUUCUACGAAGAAUGCAACCACGUCCGGUUCAAGCUCCAUAACUUCUGCCUCGACCUCUUUCACGAACUACAACGCAUCAACAACCCGGAGGAGCGUGAGACCCACGCUCUCCCAUUUGACCCCGACACCCCGGGUUGUGAGCCGUAUGCCCUGUUCGACGAGAACGGGCUCCCAGAGACGAGAGACGCGCCUGGGACCGGCAAUGUGUUGUGGUGGGUGAUUAAUCUUUCGGAGGUGUGCCCAGGCUGUGAGGUUGUCCGGGUGGGCUGA